AUGGCGAACGACCGUUUGGUUGGCUCUAAGGACACCCAGAAUCGUGCCAUUUACUUAGGCACUCGAACGAAGCCAAAAAAGUAUACAAUUGAGGACAUUGAGCGUGGUUUUCUCGCAGAUCAAAAUGCUGGCAACUCUGUAGCGCAGACGUGCGCAGAAGCUUCCCAACACCGUGAAGAAGAUCUCCUUGCUGAAGAUGCAGCAAUGAUGGAUGUCUCGGAGGAUUUGCAAGUGCAAACAAUCUCGAAUAUCAUCGGGGAACAUCGACAGCACGACUCGAAUUAUGCAGAUUUGGCAACGAGGACAGACCAGAUGGAUAUGGACGGCACCGAACAAGGCGAUCAGAAAUGUGUAACGGCCUUUGUGGUUGAUACAAACUUCAUAAUUUCGCAUUUGAGCAUAUUGGAGGACUUGCGUACCCUUAGCAUGGAAUACCAACAUCAGAUAGUGAUACCUCGAACCGUUGUACAAGAAUUGGACGGUCUGAAGAACGCCAAUGAUAGAAUCGAAUCAAACCAAUCGAAAUUUUCCGAUUCGCCGACCAUUGGGGCGCUGGCGCGCAAGGCCAAUGACUGGAUAUACACUCAUUUCUCAAACUUGGAUUCCGCAGUUGUUGGCCAGCGUCUCAACCAAAGACUCGAUUACAGCUGCAGGAAAGACGACUCAAUUCUAGAUUGUUGUCUCUACUACAGAGAGAAACUAAAUCUCUUUGUGAUCUUGAUGUCCAAUGACAAAAACUUGUGUCUCAAAGCCCUCACAGAAAAAAUACUCACAGUGUCUUUCCGCCCAGGCAUGUCCGCUGAGCUGAUAGCGACCAGGGUUUACCAAGAAAGAAGUUCCCUUCCUGAAGUCGCCGAGGAGACACCUAAUUUUCCAAGUCACAAUGCCAGCGUUAAUCCCAGCCCGCGGCUGACACCGAACCAGCAGUUGCCGGCUCAGCCUGAAACUCACUUUCAGAAAAAUGCAGAGCUAGUUUACACUGAGAUUGAGGGCAUCGCUCUGUCUGCGAUAGAUCACAUUAUGCAUGUCGAGUAUGGAGAUGAAUUAGAUUUCACCGACUACAAUAGCGCAAACGUUACCAAUCUCCGAGCCUGUUGCCGGUGCGUCGCCAAAUUCUGGACAUCCGUGUUUGGUGCAUACUUUAAAGGCACGGAUAUUGGAAAACAAGCAUGGAAGACACCUGGAUCUUCUUUAGUGAAGAUUCCAUCAAGUGUAACGGAACUGGAGCACUUUGUUGAAUUUUGGGUAUUCGCACUUCAGUGCUUUUACAAAGAUCGUGACAAUAGCCAAAAGGAAGCCUUAAAUGUACUAUCAGAUCGGUGGAAUAAUGCCUGUCUUUCGCAAGAGCCUUGA